AUGACCGUCAACACGAUCGGCACCAAGUGGGUGUUCAAGAUCAAGCGCAAAGCGGAUGGAUCGGUCGAGAAAUACAAGGCGCGUCUCGUGGCAAAAGGGUUCAAGCAGAAAUAUGGCAUCGACUACACGGAGACGUUUUUGCCGGUAGUCAAGUACGUGACGCUGCGCAUGGUAGUUGCAAUCACGAAGUACUUUGACUGGAAACUGGACCUACUGGACGUGGUGACAGCUUUGCUAUGCGGAGAGAUGAAGGAAAAGGUAUUCUGCGCGAUCCCAGAAGGGGUCGAAGUUGAUGAAGACUUUGACUGCUUCGAAUUGGUGAAGGCGAUCUACGGACUAAAACAAGCAUCGCGCGUAUGGAACGAGACUUUCUAUGAGUUCGUCUGCUCCAUUGGAUUUCAAGUAUCCGAUUUUGACCCGUGUCUUUAUCUCAAAAUUACAAGUGGCGAGUGCGUGCUUUUGCUGGUAUACGUCGAUGAUGUGUUGGUGACUGGCAGCUCGACCGAACUGAUUAUGCGUACCAAGAGUGACUUGAAGGCGCGUUUCGAAAUGACUGACAGCGGCAAGUGCGCAUUCAUGUUGGGCAUCGAGAUGGUGGACAACGACAACGGUAGCGUGACGAUGUGCCAGCGACGCUACGUGGAAGAUGUUCUCAAGCGUUUUGGCAUGAGCGACUGCAAAGCCGUCACCAGCCCAACAGACAUCAGUUCUUGA